AGCUUAGGAAACUUCAAAGUGAGUCCCCACCGAGACAUUUCUUACCAAACCAAAGGAAGCAACAAAGUCUCCCCCACAUCUCUACUUCCCUUCACUUCAAGAGACGUUCCUUUUCUUCUUCUCCAUCUCCCUCCCUCCCUCCCUCCCUCCAUUCCAGCUAGAAGAGGGCAAUUGGAAAGGAAGAAAAACACCCACGAAGACAUCAAUGGAAACCUCACCAAGGCAUCAUCAAGAUAACCAGAACCCACAAUCUUUCCUUCCUUCACCAAAUAGCCACAGCAGCAGCAGCAGCAACAGUAGCUCCACCACGACGACGACAAAUAAUGUUGCACUCAACAACAAUAUUAACUACCCACCACCACUUCCGUCACCCAAACCCAUUUCCAGAUCCGAAUCCACUAACCCAUACCCGACAACUUUUGUACAAGCUGACACUUCUUCCUUCAAACAAGUAGUCCAGAUGUUGACUGGAUCGCCCAAACCCGCCUCCACCACCACCUCCAUCUCCACCACCCCAACCAUCUCACAACCCGACCCUUCUCCUAGAAACCACAACAUCCCUCCAAUUAAAUCCAUACCAAAAAAGAACCAAUCUUCCGGGUUCAAACUUUAUGAACGUAGAAACUCAAUCAAGAACCUCAAGAUCAACCCUUUAAAUCCGGUAUUUGCCAGACCCAGUCCAGGCUUUUCUCCAAGAAAGCCAGAGAUUCUGUCCCCAAGCAUUCUCGAUUUCCCUUCUCUUAUUUUAAGCCCGGUGACUCCUUUAAUACCCGACCCGUUUGACCGUUCCGGAUCAGCGAAGUAUACUAAUUGUUUUAGUCCCAUGAACAACAACAACAACAACAACAACAACAACAACAACAACUUCGUUAAUGCUAAUGUGAUGGAUACUGAUGCAGAGGAGAAAGCAAUAAAAGAGAGAGGAUUUUACUUGCAUCCAUCACCCGGAUCCACACCAAGAGAGACUGAGCCCCGAUUGUUACCUCUAUUUCCUGUUACUUCGCCAAGAGUUUCAGGUUCUGCUAGUCCGUCAUCUUGAAUAAAAAAUAAUCGUAAUAAAUGUCAUUUUUAAUCUUUUUUUUCGUGUAAGAUUUUUAUAUAUAAUUAUAUAUAUUAUUGCUGGCAUUGAUGGUAUUAAGGUGGUGCUGAUUAUGAGUAAGCAAAAAAAAAAAAACUUCUGAUGUUGAAUAUUUGAAGAGAAUGAGAGGAUCUUUGCUUCAAUUGUA